AUGGCGCCCGCGACUAAAGGCAAAGGCAAAGGUCGCGAAGCUCGCCCCUCGCGAAGUCGCAACACGACACCAAGCUCCAGUUUUAGCGCUGGCCCUACCGCAUCGGUCCCUGCACCUAGCUAUUACCUCGACAGCGACCUUUCCAAAUUACUCAUACCUUCGUCGCAAUAUGCGGAGAUCCUCGAGCGGAUGGGUGGAGUCGGCCCCAUCCCCGACUCCAAGUCGCUAGAAUCCUUGGUGGAAGAACUCAAAAAUCUCGCACAAAUGGCCGACACUCGCGGAGAUGUGUGCAAUGCUGGUAUUCGAGAACUGUCUCAGAAGCGAAAAGAUGUGCCGGAAGAACCCGAAUCGAUGGAUCGCGAUGCUGGAGAACGUACGAGGAUGAAGCGCGAGGUGGAUGAAGAUGAGGAUUUACCGAUAAAAGGUGGCAAAUUGAAGAAGCGAAAGGAGCGUGGAGGAAGUACCAAGGAAGAACGCCCGUUAAAUCAUGGUGCGCAUGAGGUCGCUCGGCAGGAUGGUGCUGAGACGAAGAUUGAGGGUGCGGCCUCUCCAGCCUCGAAGAAAUCUAAAAAUGUCGCUUCAGAGGGUUCCCCUCUUUCUCCUGCUUCACGAACAUCCCCUGACAACGCUGCGACAACCACCACGGAAGCCCCCGCGGCAGCUGGCUCGCCUGGCUCUGAGCACAGCGCAGAGUCACAUCAGCGCGAACCGGCACCGACAGUUCCCCAGGUUCAGGUCUUCGGUCCAAAUCCCAUCAAAUUCGACGAUCCAACCAUAUACCAUAUCCGCGACGUAACGCCUGAGAUGUCGGAUGAUGAUAAGAAAGAGAUAUAUUCGGUUGCUGUAUUCCCACAGAGUGAUUUGAGCGAUCUGAUGGCCGGUACUCCGCCGGAUAAGGAUUUCAGCAAUGCUAAGCCGGCCAACCAAGUCAGCGCGAACACCUUCCAGGCGUAUAUCGAACCUUUUGUGCGCCCGUUGAUGGAAGAAGAUAUCGCUUGGCUCAAGGAGAAGGGCGACCGUGUCACUCCGUUUAUCAUGCCCCCACGUGGAAAGAAGCACUAUAAGGAUACUUGGGCUGAAGAGGACGGAUCGAUGAACAUCGACAGGACCAAUGGCGAUAGCCUCCCGCUGAACCAGGGCCGUGGCAGCAUUGACCAGGUUACAGAUGAUACUGCAGAAACUGACCAGGUAUCAGUUGGCCCUAUGGUCAGCCGUCUUUACUCCCUUUUGCGAUAUGAGCAUCGUGCUCCCGCCGAAGAAAAUCUCACAAAUGGCACCGCCAAUGGGGAACCCUCCACCAACGGCGCGCUGAACGGCAGUGAUUCAAUGGACCUCGAUAACCCAGCACCCGAACAAUCAGAGAACAAACCCCUACCCUCCGCAACCUCAUUCCCCGACGCAUCACCAACAGGCUUCAAAGUCCCCGCAGCAAAACUAGACCACGCCCAACUCGACGAACGCCUUAAAGCAGAACUACGCCAUGUAGGGUUCAUCGGCCCCGACGACAACCCCGACUACGACGCCCACUACGACGACGACAUAGCCCAACGCCUCCGCCUCCUCCAAUCCGAACUCAAAAAACAAAUCACAAUCAACAACGCCCGCAAAGCCCGCAUCCUCGACAUCGCCCGCGAACGCAUGGCCCACCAAGAAUACACAACCAUCCACGACGACCUCGACACCCAAGUCCAGCAAGCAUACCUCAAGCGCAGCCGCACACUCGGCAAGAGCAAAAAGGGCUCGCAGGCCAAAAACCGGCCUGGUGCCGGUGGCGCGCACAUCGGCGCCGCGCGCCCUGCCAUCGGAGACGCUGCGCGGACGCUUAUGGAUCGGAGAAAGCGAUGGGAGGAUUGCAUUGGACCUGUUUUCCAGGAUUGUAAGACGAGUGUUCCUGCUGUUGGGGAGACUGUUUUUGAGCCGGGGGUUAUGGCAGAGUUUGAGAAGGCAGAGGUUGAGGGGUGGGAUGAGGAGCAGGAAUAG